GAAAGCUGUGCGCGAGCCUACAACUCCCAUGAUGCUACGCCGGGAACUGCCCGGCUCCUCGCAGGAAAUAGGCAGCUCACCCUGCCACCUGUGCACACAUUUUUCUUCAAUGUAUAGUUCCUCGGCGCGCCUCUGGCCUUUUCCCGGAGCUCUUCAAUCCCAGAAGCUAUAGCACAACGGCUGAAUCACCAGGACCCCCGGGGAGGCGUGGCUUCAGGACCGGAAGAAGCUCCUGUUGCCAAGGGAACGGUGCCUGCCAAGGCGCCUGCUCAGCGACUGAUGCACGGACUGCUGCAGAGGCUGCCGGUUUUCCCAACUUCUAGAGACGGCUUUGCUCAUUACCAGGCAUCCUUCCCAUGUAGGCAUCGAGAAGAAGGCUGAGGGACCCUCGCACGAGAUUUCCAUCCCGGAGACCGAUACGAGUGCGUCCAUUCCUGUUGCCAGCUCCUGCGCCCUCCGGACUAACCUCAAAAACCAGAAAAACUGCCUGCUCUUCUAAAUUGUGUGUCCCAAAAUAUUUCAUUAACAAGUAUCAAGUGAUAAUCCAUGGAAAAGUGAUGGAAAGUCACAAUACAAGCUGGUUUGUAAAUAUUUGAAUCACAUUAUGGGAUUGCUAGACAGACUUUCAGUCUUGCUUGGCCUGAAGAAGAAGGAGGUUCAUGUUUUGUGCCUUGGGCUAGAUAAUAGUGGCAAAACGACGAUCAUUAACAAACUUAAACCUUCAAAUGCUCAAUCUCAAAAUAUCCUUCCAACAAUAGGAUUCAGCAUAGAGAAAUUCAAAUCAUCCAGUUUGUCAUUUACAGUGUUUGACAUGUCAGGUCAAGGAAGAUACAGAAAUCUCUGGGAACACUAUUAUAAAGAAGGCCAAGCUAUUAUUUUUGUCAUUGAUAGUAGUGAUAGAUUAAGAAUGGUUGUGGCCAAAGAAGAACUCGAUACUCUUCUGAAUCAUCCAGAUAUUAAACACCGUCGAAUUCCAAUCUUAUUCUUUGCAAAUAAAAUGGAUCUUAGAGAUGCAGUGACAUCUGUAAAAGUGUCUCAGUUGCUGUGUUUAGAGAACAUCAAAGAUAAACCCUGGCAUAUUUGUGCUAGUGAUGCCAUAAAAGGAGAAGGCUUGCAAGAAGGUGUAGACUGGCUUCAAGAUCAGAUCCAGACUGUGAAGACAUGAAAAGAUAAUAGUUGGAAACCUCAGCAAUUUUCAAUUCAAGGAAUCUAUCUAAGACAAAUAGAAUACUUUACAUUUUGUAAAAGAUGUUUAUGCAUCAAAAAAUAUAAUUUUCUGCUUGCAUUUAUGGACUCUGACCUUUUUAAGAACAUAGGACUUCAGGUAUGCUAAUUUGGCCAUUAAUUAUUUAAAAACUAAAUAUUCCCUCAAAAGGCCUCCCUAGAAUUAUCAACUUCUUAGUGAAGGUCUACAUUUGAUUGUAUGUAGAAUGUUUAAAAGUCAGUUAUAAGCCAUCUCAUCCCAUCAUAAUUUAUGAUAUGUUUAAUAUAUUUUAUUUUUUAAUUGUCUUUUUAAAAAAUUUAGUUUAUGACUUUGCAGUAUGAAUUGUGCUUGUGAAAAAGAACUUUAAAUAUUUAUAAGGGACCAUGGGUAAUUAAUAUAUAUUCAAUUUUUACUAUGUGUCACUGUCAAUAAAAUGUAAAAUAUAAUGUGCCAACUAGUGUGCUUUGUUUAUGCUGAAAAGAAUAAUGCUCUGUUAGUAUGGUAUUUCGUGUCAUACUGUCAAGCAUUUGUAAACCAUCUGAGACUAAGUUAAGCUGAAUUUAUUUAUUCAGUGUAUGUUGAACAUCUCUACACCAACUAGUCAGACAUAGUCCUAGGCAAUGAUGUUACGAGGUAAAUAAGACAUAUCCUUAUCUUCAGAGAACUUAAAAUUUAAUGAGGGAUAAUUUGAGAACCUUUCCAUGGAUAGUAUCUAAUUUUAUUUCAUUGCCUGAAUGAAAAUAUUGCAUCUUCAGAUUAAGAGGUAUAAAGUAAAUUAAUAUUUGACUGUUCAGUAAUCAUUACUGACAUCUUGUUUUUCCCUUUUAAAUGCCUCCAAUUUACCAUAGCACUUUGUUAAAAUAAAUUGUGACUUUUAACUUUUUCAUGAACAUAACUGCUACAUAAAUGUUCUUUAGAAUUUUAGACAUAUCUCAGGCACACAAAUUAUUAGUUCUCACAAAUUAGAGAACACUUAUAAUUGUGAACUCUAAAUAGAAACCUUCAUUUUAAUCACUGAGCAACAGUAUAUAGAGCAAUAUUGUUGAUCCUGAUAAACAUUGCAUAUAAAGAAAAACUGUAAUAUACAAUAUAUACCAUCUCAAGUAUGCUUAGCUUUGAAAAUGAUGAAAAUAGAAGGCAAAAGUAAGUGAGUAAUAAAGAUGUUAUAGUAACUGCAGUAGUGGUACAUGUUUCACAAAGAUUUUAAUAAAAGCACAUAAAGCUACAAUAAAAGUUCUAUAUUCCAGUUUCUUAUAGUCCAGAAAUAGCAGUGAUUUGGCAUUCGGCAAGUUGAAAGUUACCCAGAAAAUUCCAAUGGCUCAGCAUCUUAGCUAGUUUACCAUCUCUCUUGUAAAUUGUUUUAGAGGAUACAAAAUGAAAAUCUCAUUAAUCUAAAGUUGCUGCAGAUAUAGGAAGGACAUAAGGAUGGAAACAAUGAAUGUAAUUUUUUAAAAAACUGAUAUGCUACAACUAUUUUAGGAUGGAGAAAGAAUUGAUUGAGAAUUCAAAUCCUCACUCACUUACCAUAAGGUAGUAAUAAAAUUAAUAAUAGUUACUACUAUAUGAUCAUUAUAUUAUAAGCAGGUAUUACACAUACAGAAUUUUCAUCAUUUAAUCCUCCCAAUAAGCCUAUGUGGCAGGUUUUAUUAUUUCCAUUUUAUAGAUUAGUAAACUGAGGCAUUAAAAUGUUAUGUAAUUUGCCAAAGUUCAAAAAGCUGGUAAGUCUGGUACUAGGAUUUAGUACCAAGCAGUCUGUUUUAAGACAGAUGAUUCAAGAGUAUGAUAGAUAUUAGAAAUACAGAUAUAUCUGCCAGAAUAACAAUUAAAAUGAUAGAAAAGGCUCUUACUUGGGACAGCAACCAGGACAGGGAUGGUAGAGGGAAGGUCAGAGACUAGAGACUACUCUUUGCUUUUUUUGUUUUCUUUUUUUUUCUUUUAAAGCUAUUAACACUACUCAAAUUUUAAACUCUGGAUACAAAUGACUUUGAUAAAAGUCCUUAAAACUAUUUUGACAUUAAAUUAUUUGGUAUUCCACAAACUACAGUAGCUCAUACCUAUGCAAAUAUUUAGAAGAAGGAGAAGUACCCUUUUUCUUUGCUUUCAUGAUCUCCAAAAUCUAGUUUUUAGUCUAUAAACAUCCAUCCCUACUCCACAUUUUCAUGUAAAGAUUAUGUAGAAGUUGGGCAACAGUGUAGUCACAGGAUGUCAUAUAAGUGUGAAUAAGCUGAGAUUAUUGCAUUUGUAUUUAGCAUAUUAUACAAUUAAAAUGUAUUUUAUUAAAGCUGAAGCAAGUUUUCUUUCAUGUCUAGACAUCAGUGUGUUACAGAGUUUAAUUCAUUAAGCUCUGUAUUUGAAUAUAACACCUUGUAAAAAUGUUUGAAACUUAUCCUCUUGUAUGUUAAAUAUUUAAGUAUUUGUAUAUGGCCCUAUUCAGCCUGUGCUUUAUAAAUCACAAAAGAACUGGGUUUUAUAUGUUUGUUUUUUAUUUCUAAGCUCUCUGCGAAAAAGUUAUAAAUUGUCUCCUUAAGAUAUUUUUUCUUUGUAAUUUUUUUAUAUCAUGUUGUGAUUUUCAUAAAUAUGUGCAGUUACUCUUGAUAAUACUUGUCUUAUUCAUUUCAGGUUGCUAUAACAAAGUACCAUAGACUGGGUGGCUUAUAAAUGACAGAAAUUUAUUUCUUACAGCUCUGGAGCUGGAAGUCUGAGAUCAGAUUACCAGCAUGGUUGGGUUCUGGUGAGAGCCGUCUUGGUUGCAGACUGCCAUCUUCUUGUAUCCUCACAUGGCCAAAAGAGGGCAAGAGAACUCUCUGGAGUCUGUUUGAUAAGAGCAUGAAUCCCAUUACAUCUUCACAUGGCUCCUCCCAAAGACCCCACCUCCUAAUAUCAUCACAUGUCAUCACAUAGGGGGUUAGAAUUUCAACAUAGAAAUUUUGGGCGAACACAAACAUUCAGUCAGUUGCAAUACUUAAGGCAAAUUCAUCUUGCUUAUAACUCUGGUGCAUGUGCAUUAAAAUACUAUUGCAUUGUAACUGAGUUUGUACCUAUUUUCUGCUUUCUGAUUAUUCCCUUUGUUCAUGAAAAUAAAUGACUGGUAUUACAAGGUCACCUAAAUAAAUAGGUUUGUGUACGUCUGCGACUAGAGAGAAAUACUACAGUGAUUAA